ACUGUGAGUGCGAGUGAGGGUUUUUAGUUGUCGGCAAAAAUUCAGAACAUGCAGUUCGUCGGCGCGAAUUUGUGAAUUAGUUAAUUAAUAUAAAUUUCCGUCGCAACGCUGUCUAACCCCCUGCUGUGCGAGCGAGAAUAAUAUCAUUAUUCCAUGUUUGUAAUAAUGUCUUUGGAAGGGAACAUUUAAACGGGUGUUCGUGUACCGGGUUAGUGUCGCGUAGUGUCGCGUACAUUGUGUCUCAUACAUACAUACAUCGUUAUUUAAAACUAAUAUACGUUCUCUAUGUUCGUUCGUUCAUAGCGGCAAUCGAAAGUUGAACUGUUUAAAAAAAAAAUUUACAUAUACAAUGUACUUUGGUAUUAUAUGUAGCUAUUCAAAUGACGCGCAUACAGAGAAUCUGCUGCUAAUGAAUAUUUAAGAAAAACAAAUAUUUAAAAAUUUGUUUUUGUCGUAUUAACUUUUACAUUUGACAACUAUCUAAUUUGUAAUAAUUAUAGGUAUUGAAAUAAAGGAAUUCUUUAGAUAAUCAAUACCUAAUUUGAUUUUGGACAUGGUGGUUUGCUAAGUCUGCUAGCUUCUGUUUGCGAGACUUAUAAGUGGUGUUGCUGCAGCAAUUAAUUACACUUUGAGUGUGUGUUUGUGUGUUGAGAAAUAAAAGUACUUUGAAAAAAUAGAUAAUAAAUGCUAUGAAAAUAUACUAAGUAAAUACAAAUACAAUAAAAUCAAUCAACGAUAAAUAAUUCUAAUUGAACGUGAAGAAAUUUCUCAACCAAGCGGAAGUGAAACGUGCCAAAACAAAUAAUGAGACGUAAAAAAGUUGAAUUUCGCAUAAAAUCCACAGCCUCAAAACCGGUGAAUUACCCAAAUGUCGAGGAUGAUUUGGCCCAUCCCGAUGAUCUUUUGGCCGCACAAUUCGAGCAAUUUGGCACCACACCACCCAGAACGCGGCUGAAGAAUAAAUCGCGCGAUUGGGAAGCACGCAAGCAGCGCACACAGGCUAUUACCUCAAUGGGAUCCGGAGGCGUUGAAUCACCGGUGGCAACCAAAAAAGGUACUCCACGAAUGACACGCUCACGUGUUUUGAGACGCAACACCAUGGACUGUGCGUUACUCAAUGAAAUGUUCGUCAAUGAAGAUGGUAGCGGCAAUGCUGCCAAACGUACAGACAAACGAGCACAAGCGCUAUUGCGUGAAUCGGAACGUGAGCUAAAAAACUCAUUGGCUUUAUCCUCUACGGCGGCAGUGCUGAGUAGCUACAAUCCCAGGGUGGCCAGCUUUCAUGAAAGCUCUCACAAUCUGGAGGCUUUGGAUAAGUGCACACCUUUGAAUACAGAAGUAACAAUGCGUUAUCAACAGCCCAAGGUGGUGGAGUCAUGUAAUCGCUAUAUGAGCGUCUCCUCGCGACCCAUUGGAUGUCGAUCCUCAGCUCCUCCCCAGGCAUUUCAACACAAUUUUACUAUGGGUUUUCAAUCGACACCAGGAUUUAAGCUGCGCAAAGAUUUCCAUGAAACCUUUGCCAAUCUUAUAAAAUUGGGCAGUGUGGAUCGCCAAGAUGCCAAGCUUUCUCACGAAGAACACACCUGGCAGACCGAGGUCAAAGAUCUUAUUUGGCUUGAAUUACAAGCGUGGCAAGCGGAUCGCACACCCGAGCAACAGGACAAGUAUUUAUUUACUGCCCGCAAAGAUGUUCCCGAUUUGCUAACCCAAAUCAUCAACUAUAGAUUCCAGCCGCGUUUUCGACGGCAAGAAAGUGUCAUCAGCUUUGACAGUGGUAUGGGCACGGAUAGUAAUGCCAGUUCACCCCAACCCCAGAAGUUCUGUGAUGGCUGUUUAUCAUUGUACUGCAAAGACUGCACCGAUCAACAGGAAAUCGCCAUGAGAGAAGUGGAAGAGUUGUUAACACGUCUAGAGGCAGCUGAAGCUUUGUAUCCCUCAUCACAGGCAAUGGGAAACUUUCAUCCCAUCUAUAAAAGUGAAUCCUUUGUGGGGCGUAUAAAAACCAUGUGCCUGUGGUACAACAUAACAAAACAGGCCCGUUUGAAACUAGUCAUAUUGGGGAAGAUUUUGGCACGUCUUCAAGGAGAGAAAUUCUCAUGGCCCGUUCAGACCUCUUACACAGCGACAGAGUCGAGUAGUGGAAAUUCGUCAGUGUCUGGUAUGGAUAAUGAUGAUUCGGGCAUGCACUCCAUAGAUUCGACUAGGUCAUCACAUCGAAAACUAUCAACGGCAAAUAAUUGUCCCAUGCCAAAGGUUCAAUUCCUGUUAAAUGAUGUGGCUCAUAUGCCGGGCGAUACCACAAGCAGUAAUGAUUCCUCUUCCACGGAAAUCAGCCAAAUAUCGGACACCAUGACCACCAUAGGUGGCCACACCUUUCGCAAAAAUUCCAUACACGACAUCAACAUAUUCAGUGUUGAACCAUUGCGCAAUGGCAGCGGCACCAAUCCCGAACAAUCAUCGACAUUGUAUCGGAAAUUUAUCGAGAAUGUUUUAAAAUCUCGAGGAUUAGCCAAGUCCUUGGCCUUUCUGCACAAACUCCAUCAUGUGGUGAUGUGUAAGGCCCAGAUUUCCUUGGAGAAACCCGGAACCGAAGACUACGACUUUGAGACUGAAAAAAUCGAGGAAGAUUGUCCUCGUCUGGAACCCGAAAUUAGCCAGGAACAAAUCGAGGAAUUGCGUCGUUAUGGCUACUGGAGUGAGGAGUACAAAUCCAUAAAUUUGCCCACAUACAUUCCGAUUUUUGUAUUUCUAAGUGGAGUGCCCUUGCAGUUCAUGCAUGAGUUUUUGCGCAUGCGCUUGGAGACAAGGCCACCCAAGCCGAAUCCCUUGAGCCUGGAGCAACUAAUGAAAGAGUUGCGCGAAGGCCUAACAUUGGCCUUGACCCAUCGCGAACGUUAUCAGCGUCACAUAACCACAGCCCUGGUGGAGAAUGAGGAAGAGCUGGAACGUUACACCAGUAUUCUUAACCAAUAUGAUGCGACUGUGCGUAAAGUAUUUGAAUUGUAUUUGGAUUACAUCGACCAAUUGGUAUUGAUUGCCUGUCCAGAGAAUAAUCACAAGUCAGCCUUGGAGAAGGAGUGGAUGUUCACCAAGCUGGUAUCGCCCAUGAUAACCGGCAUGCAUACCCUGGCGGCAAAGAAGUUCUGUGCCAUCAUUAGGAAUCUCUUGAAUGGCAUAUCAGAGCGUUUGGUCAGUCGUUCGGAGGAGUUGGAUAUCCAAAUAGAUGGUACGGCAGCACAGAAUCUCGAAACCGAAUUGAAAUGGCAGGUGUUGACCAUAUGUCGCGAGACUCAAUCGCUUUUUACCGUGGAACGAGAGAGUUCCGUGAAGGUGCUAUUUUUUGCCAAAACAUUUUGCCGCGAUGUAGAAUCGCCUGAUUUCCAUCGGGAACAUUAUGAGAAUUAUGUUGAUUCCAGUGGAGUGCAAUGUGAUUUUGUUUGUGAAGAGGCCAAGGAUUCGUUUAAACUACUGAAGCGUGAUGUCUUGGAUGUAAGAAACAAGCUCACCAAAAUCAUUGAAAGAGUGCAGGAGAGAUGUUCACCAGUGCAUGUCAUGGAUUUGGAUGAACAAGAUCGCCAGGCUGUCCUUUCACGCACACGUGAAAUUCUCCAUCAAGGCUAUAAAUUUGGCUUUGAGUACCACAAGGAUGUUAUUCGACUCUUCGAACAUCGCAUAAUGGCCAAUAAAAAUGAAGGCUGUGAAGUGAAUUUGGCCUUGGGCAUAGUGACCUUUGCCAAAAUGUGGAUGCAAUUUGUCACAGAACGUUGUGAACGUGGUCGUGGCAUGCGUCCUCGUUGGGCCUCACAAGGUUUGGAAUUCCUCAUAUUGGCCUGUGAUCCUCAGAUAACACGGCACUUGGAUGAGGCCCAGUUUGAUGAUUUAAAAUCGAAAAUGGAUCGUUGUAUAUCGCAUGUAAUUGGUAUUACCUCGGAACCCGAGAAGGUAGCUAGAAAGAAGGCAUCUCCCAGAACUCGCAAGGGAUCAUCACCUGCCACCAGCAGAUCGCGUACUCCCACCCGUGCACCCAUGUCAGCGGGUAUAGUGGUGAACAAUACCGCCUCGUCACAAUCGCCACAGUUCAAUAAAUUUCUACAUCCACAAUUUAGUCACAGAGAAGAGCUAUUGAGCCGUACGGAGUCUUUGGAAUCCACAGAUUCCACAGUGGAUCUUACCAAUAAAAUGGGUGAGCUGCGUUUAAUUGUACCGGCGCUCAAUGAUAAAGCAGCCAACCAGACACACAGUGCGUCGAAUUCCAAUCAAAAUAUUGCCAAUGCCUCAACAGAUGCCUCCUUGGACUUGAGGCAAAUACGCAUUCGAGAUGCGGUGAAUCGUCUGGACCUGGAUCUGGAUGAGAGAUUGCGAGAGCGCAAUCUCAUUGGUCACAUUAAAGCUUUGAAUUCCUGCGAUAAAGUUCAAAUCCGUGCACGUAGUGUUCAUUUCCGUUGGCAUCGUGGCAUUAAAAUUGGCCAAGGCCGUUUUGGCAAGGUGUAUACGGCGGUUAAUAACAACACCGGCGAAUUAAUGGCCAUGAAGGAGAUUGCCAUACAUCCCGGUGAGACGAGAGUAUUGAAAAAUGUCGCUGAGGAGUUGAAAAUCCUUGAAGGUAUUAAACAUGAGAAUUUGGUGCGUUACUAUGGCAUUGAGGUGCAUCGUGAGGAGUUGCUUAUAUUCAUGGAAUUGUGCUCCGAGGGAACUCUGGAGUCGUUGGUUGAAUUAACCGGUGGCUUGCCCGAAGGCUUGACACGCCGUUUUACAUCGCAGCUGCUGUCCGGAGUGGCAGAGCUACACAAACACGGCAUCGUGCAUAGAGACAUAAAGACUGCAAAUAUAUUUUUGGUUGCCGGUGGUAAUAGUCUCAAAUUGGGUGAUUUCGGUUCGGCUGUGAAGAUACAGGCACAUACCACAGUUCCUGGAGAACUGCAGGGUUAUGUGGGAACACAAGCUUACAUGGCUCCAGAAGUUUUUACGAAAACCAAUAGCGAUGGUCAUGGCAGAGCCGCUGAUAUUUGGUCAGUGGGUUGUGUAGUUGUGGAAAUGGCUUCAGGAAAGCGACCUUGGGCCCAAUUCGAUUCCAAUUUCCAAAUUAUGUUUAAAGUUGGUAUGGGCGAAAAGCCUGAAGCCCCAGAAACGUUGUCACAAGAAGGUCAUGAUUUUAUUGAUCAAUGUUUGCAACAUGAUCCCAAGGAUCGUAUGACAGCAUUGGAGCUGAUGCAGCAAAAUUUCUGUAAAUAUGGCCGUGAUGAAGACUUCAAUACCGAACAAGGUCGUCGAUCUUUCAGACGGAACAUUCGGUUAAAAUGAAAAAUAAGAUAGCAACAAAUAUUUCUAAAUUAAAAAAGCAUUUGUGAAUGUUUUAAAUUUUAAUUAUACCUCAAUUAAUGUUAUUUAACUACAGAGAAAAAAAAACAAUAUUUAAAAACUAUGUAAACGAAAAAUUCCUAUACAGCUUUGAAGGGAGGCCCUACAGCAUAAACAUUUUAUAUAAAUAAAAAAGUCCCUAAAAAACCAAAAUAGAAGAUUGUAAUAAAACUAAAAAUUUAUUGCUAAAGAUACUAUUCGAUUUUUGUUAAAAUGUUGUGUAAGGGUCAUUACUCUGUUUUUUCUUAAGCUGUAUGUACAUGAUUUUGAUUUUUCAAAACUUAUUUUCUUUGUUAUUUAAACCUCAUCAUUAUAUACUUAGAUUAAGUUAAAAUUGUACUUUUAAAGAAAUUCUUUUUUGUAUUUUAUGUUUUAGUCAUUGAAGGAAAACAAAAGAAAAGUUUAUGUAAUUUAAUAAACAUUUAAACUUUAAUUUCUAUUGUUGUGGCAAUAUAAUAGAAGCUGUGUGUGUAUGUGUAAUGUCUAAAGAAUGCAUAAUUAUU